AUGCGUGCAUCUCUAGUCAACCAGCUCCGAGUCCUUGUUCCCAUCAAGAGGACCAUCGACUAUGCCGUCAAGAUCCGUGUCGCCUCGGAUGGUAAGGGCGUUGACCAGAAUGUCAAAUUCAGCAUGAACCCUUUCGACGAGAUCGCAGUAGAGGAGGCUGUCCGACUGCGUGAGAAGUACAAGGAUGCCAUCACCAAGAUCACCGUCGUCUCCGUCGGCCCACCCAAGGCCGCUGAUGUCCUCCGAACUGCCCUCGCUAUGGGUGCCGACGAUGCCAUCCACGUCGAGGUUCCAGACAAGGCCAGCGCCAACCCACUUGAGCCCCUCGGUGUUUCGAAGAUCCUUACCGAGGUUGUUAAGAAGGCUGGUGAGGAAGAGGAAGUCGGGCUUAUCAUCAUGGGCAAGCAGGCCAUCGACGACGAUGCUUCGCAAACCGGUCAGAUGCUUGCUGGUCUCCUCAACUGGCCUCAGGCAACAUACGCUUCCAAGCUCGAGUUCCCAUCCGGCAAGCCAGAGAAGGGCGCAGAGGCUCAGGUCACACGAGAGAUUGACGGUGGUCUCGGCAUUGUCAAGACCAAACUUCCAUUCGUUAUGACCACCGAUCUUCGUCUCAACGAGCCACGAUACGCAUCGUUGCCUAACAUCAUGAAGGCCAAGAAGAAGCCAUUCAAGAAGCUCAGCCUGAAGGACCUUGGACUCGAGGACGCGGUCAAACCACGACAGGAAAUCCUCAAGGUUGCCGAGCCUCCCAAGCGUGAGGGUGGUGCUAAGGUCAAGGAUGUUGACGAGCUCAUUUCCAAGCUUAAAGAGGCUGGUCGCAUCUAA